UCUCUCUCUCUCUCUCUCUCGCCAAUCUCUCCAUCUGGAAAUUUCCUCUUGAGCGAAACGAAUUAGGGUUCUGCCGAAUCGAUCGAGCGAAGGAAGCGGCCAUGGUUUCCGAUUCGAUCACCAAUGCCUACGCCAAUUCGGCGCCGAACGCGAAGGAUUUCGCCAAGAAGAAGAGAGCCAACAGGUCGGCGAAGCUGAAGCAGUGCAAGCUCGACGCUCGUCGCGAGCAGUGGCUUUCGCAGGUCAAGAAUAAGCAAAGCAGUGAGGAUUGGAAAGGUGAGAAUCGCCAGCGAAGUGGGAGCGGCCAGUUGCUGGAGAAUUUAGAGACGAGGAGGCAGAGAGAUGACCAGAACGGAUCUGUCCACCAAGACAGUGAUUCCGAGUCUCCAUCGAACAGUCCGAUUGGUCUCACCAGUGUAUUGAGCGGCAAUCAUUUGAGUGGCAAUUGUAUUGGUAGCAGCAGCAGCUGUAGCAGUGGUAGCAGCACUGGGUGCUUUUCUGGGAGUACUACUGAAGAAGAGGAGGGAGGGGAUGAUGGGUGCUUGGAUGAUUGGGAAGCCGUGGCUGAUGCCUUAGCUGCCGAUGAAAAGCCCCAGAAUCCUCCUUUUGACCCUCCUCCCAAGGGCGAAACAGUUGGCGGAUUGCAGUCUCGAGGAGAGCACAAGGAAGAGUUGGUGGUUCCAGAUAGUUCGAGACCUGAGUGCGUUAAAAGGCCUCCGAGAACUGCCACUGCGAACAACCAAGCGUGGAGGCCUGACGAUGCUUUUCGCCCCCAGAGUCUACCCAAUUUGUCUAAGCAGUACAGUUUCCCUGACACAAACCGGCAUUAUGGUAGUGGACCCAUCCCUUGGGGGUGUAAUAAGGCUAUAUCCGCGCCCUCGUCAUGCCCCAUAUGCUUCGAGGAUUUGGACAAGACAGACUCUAGCUUCUUGCCAUGCCUGUGUGGGUUCAGGCUCUGCCUGUUCUGCCACAAGAGGAUCCUCGAGGAAGAUGGGCGUUGCCCUGGUUGUAGAAAGCCAUAUGAACAUGAGUGCAUCGAGGCAGAGCCAAGCUUGCUUGAAGGGAGUCUGACGUUCCGGCUGACUCGUUCUUGCAGCAUGAUAACCAGGACAUAGGAUGUCUACGUUGCAAAGAGUUCUGUAUGUCUGGUCUCUCUUUUUUUGAUGUGUGGAGGGUUUUAAUCGUUUUGAUGGAGUUAUAUGUGAUCAUAGGACAAUGUCUUACCGCACCUGAUUUGAACUGUUUCUCUGAUGAGUCUGGUUCUGAACAGUGUGGGUUCUUAGCCAAUGUAGAGAACUCCUGUUGCUAUGUGAAUAGAUAAAUGGUAUAGAAAUUUACUAUCGAGAAAGAAUAAGAUCCUGAGUUUUUCCUCUUAAA